CUUGAAUUUUUGUUUUUCGCGGACCAAAGGAUUGGCUGGGUGAGAAAAAGCGGGGUUUGCAUACGAUCUUCAAUAACCGAAACCCUAGCCUACGUCUGCCUUCUAUCUCCCAGCCUUCUACAUAACAAACAAAUAAAUCCUUUCUUCUCUGUGUUCAUAUUGUUGAUGAUGGAGUCGGCGGAAACAGGAGAAUGCCUGUGGAUGGUGACAAACGACUACAUCUUUGGCAUCCGCGUUGAGAAGUUAGAAAAAUUGGGGAAGAAUGAGGAUAGGGAUUGGAAAUCCCAUCUUGAGCAGGCUCCGUUUGAUUUCUGUUUGAAUCUUCCAGAGUCCAGCAUGUUGGAUUACUUUAUCUUCGACUCGAAAUUUUUCUUAGUCGGUAAGCAAACCGAAUCUGGCACCAAGAUCUACCAAAUCUCCUAUGUCGGCGGCAACACGUUGGGCACAUCUGAAGCAGUAGAGACGGGCGCAAUCCCUCCGCUACCGACCGAAGACUUCAUUUUCCUUGCAAACAUUAAAGAUGACGUUUACUUGUUGGAGCAUGGUGCGGUACCACAGUUAGGAAGAAAGACGGGGUUAUGGGUUUUAUGUCCCAAUCCCCCUCACCCGAGCUGGCAUUCCGCGCCCGAUCCUCCAACCGAAGUCAACUCUGAUGAUUAUAGUGUGCCUGUUGGUUUUGUGCUAAAUGAUAAAUUCUUUUUGCAUCCCCUGUCCGCACCAGGAAUUGCAUAUCUCUACGAUCCCCAACUUAAAGCAUGGAUUAAACUGGAGCGCACAUUUUUUGUUCCUGGUUAUGAUCUUUUCGUGCGUGUGCGGUCCCUUGGGGAUGUAGGCGAUGGCAGUGUGGUGCUGACAUGGAAACUGAAGGCUCUUCGCGUACGUGGUGUGAAAUAUGACAUACAGGCUUUGCUGGUGGAUAAUAAAGAUUAUUGCAUUCUUCGCCAUCAACGCCUUGAUGAGUUGUGUGAGGCGAUCCAACCAUCCUUCUUUGAUGAUUUUUCCUCUGAGCUCAACUUGGUUGACCUUGGCAACAGCAAAGUAUGUGUUACCAUCUCUGGUCUCGCAGAAGGCAUUCCAUCCUUUUGCAUUUUAGUAGUUGAAUUAGGGUUGGUACAAGAGGAGCAAAGGUUCUUAUCUGUGCGUGUACUCGUGAAUCGAGUCUUCGAUACGAGGCCUUAUUUCUUAGAUGACCGCGUUCAAGUGCUCUACACCUCCUUUCUUUUCUCCCUCAGAAAGAGAAUGCCUCGCAAACAUCCAUAUUCCAAAGAUUGCAUCUCUCCAAGGAAAGAGCCCAAGCUAGCUGGUGGGACGAAUCCAAGCAACCCAACAACAGCAUUCGAACAAGAAUGACUAACUUCAACCUGUUCAUAUUAAGUGUUAUAUGAAGCAGUUGUUGUCGAUUCUCGGACAUUGUCAUGCUUGGGGUGUGAUGUACUGGGAUAUCAAGGGAUCAAAUCUUCUGGUGAAUAAUGAAGGGAUACCGAAGGCGUGGUUGAAUAUAAUAGUACAUUGAAAUUUUCUUAGUGCGGUAUUGGUUGGAUUUGAUGAUUUUUAUGAAGAAUAGUUCUGGUAGUAGUAGCUUCUGCUUGUCAAAUCUAUGGAUAUAAGACUUUUAAAAGAAAAUUAGAUAUAGAGAUGUCGACUAUUUUACAUAACAUCCUUUUCAGCAAUAAUUUUUAUAUUAUCAA